UCUCUCUCUCUUCCAAACACACACACACACUCUCUCUCUCUCUCAUCAAGCUUUGCUAGCAGCUUUAGAUCAACACAACUAGCUACAGCUAGCUUGUACAAGCUAGGAAGAAUUAAGGCCGAGGAGAAGAGGAGAUCGACGAGGAUGUCGGGUGUGUGGGUGUUCAAGAACGGUGUGGUGCGGCUGGUGGAGAAUGGCGCGGCGUCGGAGGCGGGAGCGGGAGGAGUAAGGAAGCGGAAGGCACUGGUGCACACGCCGAGCGGGCAGGUGGUGCGGUCGUACACGGAGCUGGAGGGGGAGCUGCGGGCGCUGGGGUGGGAGCGCUACUACGAGGACCCGGCGCUGUACCAGUUCCACAAGCGCGGCUCCCUGGACCUCAUCUCCCUCCCCGCCGACUUCAGCAGGUUCUCCUCCGUCCACAUGUACGACAUCGUCAUCAAGAACCGAGAUUCCUUCAGGGUCGUCGACAUCUAAACUCGCAUCGUUUACCUCUUCGAUCCAUCGAUGCAUGCAUGCAUGCGCGCAUCGUGCUGACUAGCUAUCGUAUGAUGUAGCUGAUCAUCAGUAGUACGUACGUACCUUGUUCUUCUAUAUUGACAGAUGCAUUCGUGCAUGCAUGUUUGUUCCAAAUAUAUUGGUGAUGAUCAUCGAUCCAGCUUGUUGUUAGUUGUGACUUGUGGGUGCCGUAGCUAGUGUGACAGUCGACGUACGUCAGUGAGGUUAUUACUACUAUAUGUUUUGCUUAAUUUCGAUGUAAUGCGAGUUUGCGAGUAAUUAGUUUAGUUAUAGCAGUGGGACUGGAUCAGUUAUGUGUUUUGUGGUGUCAUUUGGGAGUGCUGUAAGAUUGGUUCUCUGAUGUAAACUACUCUUGCGUGACUGCUCUCGUGUGACUGUGCAUUUAUAAAAGUAAGGAGUUUUCGUUCCACUAC